AACAUCUUCACAGCAUUGAUUUCCAGAGUGGGGGGACAUUUCUGCUGCGCCAACCGGUUUCGAAGGUAGCGGACAUUCAGGGCACACUGCUGGGCAGCGUUGGCGUUAUAAGGUCAGGAAAAAAAGGCCCCCAAGAAAAUCGUCCCUUUCUAAACGCCUCUCUUGGAAAACAGUGAAGCAGUGCGCUGCUGUGGGGGGACAUGAUUAAACCAACGAUUUUCACCAACCGACAGUUGGAAGGCCGUGCUGAGAUUAAACAUUUUGGGUUAUGUGCCGUUUUCAAUACCCCAAUCCGAUUGCAACAUUACCAUACAAUUCAGAGCGCUAUUUUCCGAUUACAAUUACUUUGUCUACUACUCUUUUGUGUGGCAAGACGAGAAUAGCACUUUCAUUGAUCUUGAACCCAAGAGAGUGCAGUUGCUGAAAAUUUAUCGAUUGAUCGGCGAGUCGUUCCAGUUAGUCCUUCUCGGUCAGCUGAAGGGUUUAGUGUGGAUUUUGAAGCCAUCAUGACGGAACUCUGGGCGGGUGAAUUUGGACGCUACCAAUGGAUUCAGUACUUGCUGCACCUUUUGCCGGCCUUCACAGGUGGAGUGCAUAUGCUGUCGCAAGUGGAAGUAGGAGCCACGCCCAGACACAGAUGUCUGGCGGUGAACGACACUAUAUUAGAGUACGUCGGAUCGUGCCACUACGUCUCGGUGCGGAACGAAACUCUACCCUGCAAAGCGUGGGAAUACGAUCGCACUUAUUAUGAAUCAACCAUCGUUACCGAUUGGGAUUUGGUGUGUGACCGGAGGUGGAUGGCCUCAGUAUCGCAAUCUGCCUACAUGUUAGGCGCUCUUAUUGCAAGCUCGUUGCUCGGCCAGUUGUCGGACAGGUUGGGUCGCUGGAAAGUGUUGGUCCCAACUGGAGCACUUCAGAUGGUCUUGGCCACCGGCUGCGGGUUCGUCCAGAAUUAUUACCUUUACGUUGCGCUUCGUUUCCUCAUCGCAGUGAACGUUAGUGGAGCUUACAUGAUUGGUUUCGUCUUGACGAUGGAAAUGGCGCCAGACCGAUACCGGACCAUGAUUGGCUUCAGCUUCCAGUUGGUGUUUGCGCUCGGGAUCACAGUUGUUGCUGGAUGGGCAUAUUUAGUCCGCCAUUGGCCCAUUUUGCAAAUCAUCUUCGGGCUACACAGUUCGCUGAUGCUUCUUCAUUGGUGGUUCGUGGACGAAUCGCCACGUUGGCUGUUUUCUCAGGGGCGUUAUCAAGAAUGCGACGCCAUCAUCCGCAAGAUGCUAAUCCAAAACGGCAAGGCCGACGCCAUCCCCGAGCAAGGCUUCACAAUUGAUCAGCUCCAGCGGGCCUUGAGCACAACGACGUCGGACAUCGGACGUCAGGAGCCACUUGAACAGGCAACUACCAAUGUCACUCCCGUUGUAGUGCAGGAAGGUGGGAAAGAGGUGACGACCGUGGCCGUCAUCUCCUCCAGCGAUCGCAAAUACGGCAUCGUCGAUCUUUUCAAAACGCCAAGAUUGAGAAGCAGAACGCUCAACAUUUCUCUUAAUUGGUUUGCCAACAGUUUGGUCUACUACGGAUUGACGUUGAAUUCGGGAUCGCUGGUGGGCGACCCCCAUUUGAUGCUCUUCAUCAGCGGCAUCAUCGAAGUGCCCGCCUAUCUCUUGUCGGCCAAGAUCAUUGACAUACUUGGACGUCGGCCAGUCAUCAGUUUCUGCCUCGUUUCCGGUGGUCUGGCCUGCAUCUGCACCACGUAUUUUCCUCAAAGUAGCUUCGCCUGGACGACGGCCACCACCAGCGUGGUCAUGCUCGGGAAAUCCCUCAUAUCCAUUUCGUUUGCCAUCAUCUACAAUUACACGGCCGAGCUCUUCCCAACGGUGGUUCGUAGUUCAGCGGUUGGUAUCGGCUCGACUUCCGCCAGAGUUUCCGGCACUCUAACUCCGCUUAUCUUCCUAUUGGAUUCAUUGGACCCGAAAUUACCAUCCGUCUUGUUUGGUAUAGUGGCUCUAGCCGCCGGCUUCUUCUCGCUGUACCUGCCCGAGACUCGAGACAGCCCGCUGUUGCACACUCUGACAGAAGGCGAGGAAUUUGGCGUCGGAGAUACGGGCUUCGCUCGACUCUGUGGGGGCAAUAAGUCUUCGCCAGAUAAUGAACGAGUAUUUGAGACCGCCGCCUCGACGGCCAACAUCAUCCAGCUCGAAUCGCAAAAAGAAUGAGUUCAUUACAGAGAUUAUCUCUCUCUCUCUCGACUUGUCACACCACCGGCAAAGGCGAAAUAUACGACCGAAGAAGA